CAUAUUGUUAGAAAGUUUAUGAAAUUAUGAAACGAAUGAUGUCUGAAUCAGAAGUUCUGAAAUCUCUGCGUAAUGUGCUGUCAAGAGUAUCUCAAGCAAUGGAAAAAAGACCUGGGAAUCAAGUGACCAGAUUGGUUGCAGUGAGCAAGACCAAACCUGUGCCCCUUAUACAGCAAGCUUAUUCUGGGGGACAGAGACACUUUGGUGAGAACUAUGUGCAAGAAUUAGAGGAGAAGGGUCAUGAUGCCACUCUACUGGAACAAUGUGCUGAAAUAAAAUGGCAUUUUAUUGGCCAUUUACAAAGAAACAAAGUUAACAAAGUGACAGCUACGCCUAACCUGUAUAUGGUGGAAACAGUAGACUCUGCGAAGCUGGCGACAGCCUUGAAUAAAUCUUGGGAGAAACUGCAGCAAGAAAACAAGCUUAACGUCAUGGUCCAAGUGAACACCAGUGGAGAAGAGCAAAAACAUGGUGUUCCCCCAUCCGAGGUUGAAUCUGUUGUAGAUCAUGUGAAAACGAAAUGUCCAGCACUGAAAUUUAAUGGACUCAUGACAAUUGGGGCUUUUGACCAUGAUCUAACUCAAGGGCCAAAUCCAGAUUUCAUUAAAUUGAAGGAGUGCCACACAUCAGUAUGCAGUAGUUUAGGACUGAAUCCUGAAGAAGUAGAAAUCAGUAUGGGAAUGUCCAAUGAUUUUGAACAUGCAAUAGAGUUAGGUAGCACCAACGUGAGAGUAGGAAGCACCAUAUUUGGUGCUAGGACUUACGUAAAUAAAGCCACAAACAAUCCAACUCCAGAAACAUCAACAACAACCCCUAGUAUUACUAAUGACUCUACAAAUGAACAAUUAAAUGAUAGAAAUGACACCAAAACAAAUACAUCUCAAUCAAUUGACAAUAUAGCAGAGACUUUGCAGACUGUACAUGUAAAAGACAAAGAGUAGGCCCUCUUAUUUGCAUUACCCUAUGUUGUGAAAUUGAUUGAUUGAUUGAUGUCUUCUAUACCAUGGUAAUAAUUAUCAAUUUGAAUACCUCUAUUAGUAAAACAUCUUGCAAAUAAGAUCAGUUUUCAUAAAGUCCUAUAACCCCCUUAAUAU